UAAAACAGCAUGCCGAAGCUUAAAGGGAUCGUUCACCCAAAAAUGGAAAUUCUGUCAUCAUUUACUCACCAGAUUGUUCAUGCUACUCUUUUACAAUAAGUCAUACGGGAUUGGAAUGAUGAGUAAAAGGAUCUUCAGUGACAGUGUGGCAGACAUGAAAACCCAAGAGCAUCGUUCCAGCCCUCUGAAAUCACACACACAAAGUGAUGCACGGCCCCACUCCCAAAUGAAGGGUCUCCAGUUUCGCAGCAUUGCCCCCAAAGCCCCAGCAGUGGUUCCAUCCUCUGCAGUUCUAUCCUGCCAACCUCCCUCAGCCCUUCCAGAAGCAUCCACGGCUGUCAGCCCCAAAUCCAUCCUUGUCCCUGCCCAGAACUAUGCACUCAUGCAGGUGGCUGGACAAGAGGGGACCUUCUCAUUGGUGGCCUUACCUCAGACACAACAGCAACAGCCAAUCCAGAAGAACCUUAAGCUGCCUAUUCCUAGAUACCAACCGGUGCGAAGCAAGAGCGCUCCAGAAAAAGGCAGUAGCAAGAUGCCGAGUCCAGCCAAGGUUUCUGCAACCAUACAAGCUCAAUCACCUGCUGUGAAAUCAGACCAGAGUUCAGACCCAGUAUCAGAGCAUCUUGUUUUAAUUGAUGCUCCUACUUCGUCUGAAAUCAACGUUGGGCCCUUGCUCACGCAACCUAGUGCACUGCGACGAGGAGUUCUUCUCCUUUUCAAAGUUCAAACGCCACCUCCAUUCUCACCAUCAAGAAGCUAG